UUGUAAUCUAUUUAUUAAAAGGCUCCAAACAAUCUCCAUUUCUUCCUCACCAUGAACCCUAAUUGGAUCAAAUUGGACCGAUUAGUCUCUUCCUUCUGAUCAACCAUGUUCGGCGGAAAUACAGUUAUGCGUCCUCAUGGAAGCAUCACUCAGAUCUUCAAGUUUGAAUGUGCGGCGUUGGUUCUGUUGAACUUCGAUGAGAACAAAACCUUAAGUUUUCUCCGGCUAGGGGAGUUCGUGAUCAGGCUGAUAAUCAAAAGCACCAGCAGCAUUUUGAUGACCACCUGUCGUGUCCGAGACUUCAAGUGGCUUAUCGCGAAGGAUGCCCCAAUCAUUAGGCUUGGGCAGAGGAGCUUUGCCUUCGUGAUGCCCGGGCUAGUCUAUGGAUUGCAGUUUGCUCCAUUUUGCAGUGAGGACACCAUCGGGACUCUUGAGAGGGUCUUGUUGAGGUUUUCGGACUACAGUGACUUACUUUGCGAGGGAAGGCAAGCUUAUCCUUACCGAGAUAAUGACCUGAACUUCUGGACGAACAUCCGUCCCCAAAUCGAAGAGAUCUGCCGCCCCAAGCUCAGCCGAUUCGGCCACCUCUUUGGGAGGUCACCCUUCCCCGGGGGCAACAGUGCCGUGAGCAACCUGCUGAGGGCCAUUCGAACAUGUGCAGCCACCAGAAUCAUUGCCGAUGCGAUGCUCACGGGCUUUCUGAAGUCUAUCCACAUCUCCAUCCUCGACACCAGGCGGCUCAGGGAGCGAGCAAGGAGGAUCCAUGUCAUUGGCUCCGAAGAGGCAUCGGCUUCCAUUGAAGUAGUCUCCAACAUCGUGCAGGCCCUCGAGAUGAUCUGGAUGCAGUCUACGUCGCCAGAGAACUCAUCACAGGGCCAUCUAGCGACUGAGUUGCAAGGUGAACUUGUAUCGAUUCCUCCGAGGCAGUUGCCGUUUAAGCAUUGGAAGUUGAACGAGGCGGGGAUGUCCAUCUUCGUCCAUAACCCGACUAAUCCCCCGGGGCAGCAGGCAGGCAGAGAAGCCAUGUUCGCUACUGAAAAUUAGCAGCUGGAGUGAUUAAUCAUCUUAAAAUAAAGAGCAAAACAGGAUUAACGUAUAAUUCUCAUAAGUCUUUACAGAAUGAGAAGUUACUCAUGCUCCUUUGGAGAUAAUGUAUCCGUAAUUUGCCAUAUGCGACUAGCUAUAGCGUGUAGCUGAAUUAAAUAAUUAUGAUGAAGUUAACUA